UUGAUAGACAUGUGUGUCUUUGGUUCGCAUUAUAUCCCGCUCUGCCUUAAAGUUAUUUAUGGUGUUCUAUGGAAGUAGUAUUUGAUUUGGUUUAUGACAUUACAUCGCUCGUCUAGUUAAUAUUAUAUUCAAUAUGUGGCCCCGAUCCAGAUGCCUGUUUUAUAGAGAGCGCAUCAUAUUAAAUUUUUUUAUUGCUAAGCUUUUGGCUUAUUUUAACAUUUGGAAAUCUUCACAUGUUCACGUCACGAAACUAGGAAAAAUCAAAGGUACUAUUGACUAUGCCGAAAAAGGAUCCAAGUACUAUAGUUUCCAAGGCAUACCGUAUGGAAAACCUAUGCUUGGUGAAAACCGAUUUAAGAUUUCUGAACCAGCGGGACCAUGGACCGGAACGUUGGAUGCCACAAAAGUAGGCAAAAAAAGCAUUCAAACUAACAUUAUGACCAGGAAAAUAAAUGGUGAUGAAGACUGUCUCAAUUUAAACGUAUACACCUCAGAGCUUCCAUCAAGCAGCAACGAACUUAAACCGGUCAUGGUGUUUAUCCAUGGUGGCGCCUUCCUUAACGGGUCCAACGAUAAAUUGAUGUAUGGUCCAGAUAAUUUGAUGAACGAUGAUGUAGUUUUGGUUGUAAUCAACUAUCGUUUGGGUUUACUAGGAUUUUUAAGUCUCAAAGAUCCAUCGUUGGGUGUAACAGGCAACAUGGGAUUUAAAGAUAUGGUACUAGCUUUAAAGUGGGUCCAGGAAAAUAUUACGGAUUAUAAUGGUGACCCAAACAAUGUCACAAUAUUUGGCGAAAGCGCCGGGUCUGCAUCUGUACAUUUGUUAAUGUUAUCACCCUUAGCUAAAGGUUUAUUUCACAAGGUUAUUGCACAAAGUGGUAGCGCUUUAAAUGGAUGGAGUAGAUGUGAAAAAAAUGUUGCAGAGCAAGCUGCACCAGCAACUGGCUGUGAAUCUAAAAAUGAAAAAGAAAUACUUGAUCAUUUUAGAACAAUUCCUGUUGAAAAACUUUGGGAUGGACAACGAGUGCUUGAAAAACGCGAUAAAUUCUCAUCAAUGGAUCGAUUUUGUGGUUGGUCAAUUGAACCACCUUCUGACACAGCAUUCUUAACUAAAUCACCAAUUGAUAUAAUAACAUCUGGUGAAUACAGUCCAGUUCCAAUAAUGAUGGGUUUUACGAAUUGCGAGGGUAUGUUAUAUGAAGGAGUUGUAUCAGAAAAGAAUAAACCGAAAUAUUGGGAGAAACCUGAAGUAAAUGUGCCCUCUUUAUUGGAACUAGAACGUGAAUCGGCCGUAAGAAAGAAUUUGGGAGAAAAAAUUGUUAAAUUUUACCUAGGAGAAGGUCCUUAUUCUAGAGCGAAUAGUACUCUUUCAUUGUAUGAUUUAUUGACUGACAACUGCUUCUCGUGGGGGAUUUUCCAAGCUGUCAGACACCAUGCCAAAUUAUUACCAAACUCUGUUUAUUUAUACAGGUUCUCUUUAGACACAAAACUAAAUUUUUACAAACAUUUAACAAAAAUUAUAACUCCAGGUACAUCUCAUGCUGAUGACUUACCUUAUUUGUUUAACAUGUGCUUAUCUUUGGGUGUUUCCAAACACUCCAUAGAAGACAUAGCAAGAAAAAGGGUUUGUCGGUUAUGGACCAAUUUCGCCAAAUUUGGUAAUCCUACACCUGCGAAUGAUAAUCUGGUAGAUAAAUUAUGGAUGCCGGUAACCAAAGAUACUAUUAAUUUCUACGAGAUUUCUGAGGACCCACAUAAUGAUGUAAACCCUUGGUCUGAAAGGAUGAAUUUUUGGAACGAGAUAUAUAGUAUGAAUGAAAAAACAGCCAAGUUAACAAUAUGAUCGUUAAAUUUGUUUUCGUAUGUUAAUGAAUAAAAUAUAAAUACUGCUUGUUUUCUAAAAAAUAAAAUAUUAUUU